GCCCACGACGUGAACUCGCUUCGCAGAGGUUUAUGUUCGUCAGGAUGUGUAACGCGACGAGCUGCAGCAUGUUUGUUUGUGGGCGUGUCCGGUGGGCAUUUCCCGUGUAGAAGAAAUGUGGAGGAACUUCUCUCUUAUAGCUCACAGCUCUGCAGACGGGAGAUUCAGAUCAGUGCGAGCUGAAGGAAGAAGGAAGCACCGGAUGAGAAGCAGCUGGUUGUUGCAAGACCACCAGGUUUCAAUGGACUGGGCCCUAAUUGUCGUUUUGCAAGCGAUGUUCCAGCCAUCUCUCUCAGUGUUGUUCACUGUUGAGGCCGAGCAAACCACAUACAAGUCAACGUUCGGAGGAGAUGUUGUGAUGGGCUGCAGGUUUCAGCCUAAACUAUCAAAUCCUCAUGCUGACCUGAAGGUGACCUGGCACUGGAUCGGCUCCGCCUCGGUCCGGGUAGUGUACCGCAUGGAUAACUGGAUGGAGCACAUGGCGUCCCAGGAUCCUGACUAUCGGGGUAGAGUGAGGCUUCUCACUGAUGAGCUGCAGGAAGGCCGCGCCAAGAUACAGAUUUCUAGGCUCAGGAUCAAUGACUCUGGGAGCUACCAGUGUUUGGUACAGACAGAAGAAGGAGCUGAUUAUAAAACAACAAGGUUGUCCGUUGUAGCACCUUAUGCCACAGUGACUAAACACAUUCAGAAGGCUGCAGAGGAGGAUGAGGUGCUGCUAAGCUGCCAGUCUCAGGGAUACCCCGAGUCUUCUGUUGGGUGGCAGGAGGGACGCCGGCGAAGACUCGAUCCCAAUACCACUGCUGCAUCAAGUGCAGACCAGCUGUUCACAGUCACCAGUCAGAUACGAGUCAGAUCAUCAGAUAAAAACAACUACACAUGCUUCUUUACAAAUGAUGGCAACUCUGCCACAUUUCACAUUCCAGAUGACAUCCCUGUUCCUCGUGUCAAAAAUAAUGCUCUCAUCAUUGUGUUGAGCAUAGGAAUGAUAAUGGUGGUCAUCAUCAUUGCAGUGCUCAUGUACAGACGACAAAAAGGGUCCAGGACUAAUAGUACCAGGAACCUUUUGGUCAACGGUCGAGGUCGUCUUGUUUCUGCUGCUGACUGCCUCGGAAAAGAUAAAGACAAUGAGGAAGUGAUAAGAGUGUUUAACGAAGUUUCCACGGAGGAAAACCUGGGGGUGUUUCUGAAAGCCCAUUAUUGUGACUUCUCCUUCAGCUCAGAGGUGAGAAACCACUGGGAGGCUUUUGUUGUGGAGGAGCUGCCUCACAGGCUGCGUAACAAUAAGGGCCAGCCUGUGAAUCUUCAAGCUUUACUCCCAGAAGCAAGAGAGACAUUUUUCCUUGAGGGACCCCCAGGAAGUGGGAAGACGACCAUAGCCCACAUCGUGGUCUCUUCUUGGGCAGAGGGGUCCACACAUGCCCUCGCUAACCUCCUCGAUCUCAGGACACUUCCACUUCUCUUCUUUGUCGACUGCAGCAAGGUGAAGGGGGACUUGUUUCAGGAAAUAACAAUUCAACUUUCUCUCAUGGAAAAGAUAUCAACAGAGGAUCAGCUGAGAACGGUGUUAGCCAGGUCCAGUGAGGCUCUGCUGCUGUUGGACGGGUAUAGAGAAGGGAACCAAUUCUUCGAUGAGUCCUUGAGGAAGUAUCUAAUGGAUAAAGGAGGAUGCAGGGUGUUGGUCACGGCCUGCCCGGGACACUGCCCCGCGCUCAAGGACACAGUUGAGACAGAGGGGGUGCUGCAGCUCCAAGCAGUAUGAUGCACACAUGUGUGUGACCAACAAAGACAUUAAGCGCUUGCUACAUGUUAAACAAACAUGUGUGGAUAGGUUUUGUAUUAAGCCAGAUAUACUGCAAAAUGUGAUGAUUUCAAUAUGUGCUGUAAAUACUAUUUUUUCAUUCUUUACAAAGCAUUUUGAUUAAAAAUAUACUAUGUACAAAUUAUUUUAUAAAGAAAGUACAUAAUUUACCCUUAGAAGGGAGAAACUCUGGUACAAUAGGUAAUCCACCUUAGCUUUCCUGAAAGUGGUUUCAGCUCCACCAUCUUCCAGCAUAUCGGAUAGUUCAAACAAUUAAUUAAUGACUGCAGUUGUUUCUGUUUCUGUCCACGAGAAAAAAAAGGUCCUUAUUAGUGUCAUUUGCUAGCAAAGCAGGAACAGUUUCUACAUGCCACUUAUGUUAAAAGGGAAGUGAGUAUUCCUGGAAAGAUAGCUUGCUGAUUCCAGUAAUAUUUGAUUAAAAGAACUUUUUCUUUCA